UGCGCCUUUCGUGCGCAUGCGCAGCUGCUUUGACCUAUACAGAGGCAGGAGAAAAUGGCAGCGGCAGGACUGGGGCUGCAGGUGCGUCGGUUCAGCACGUCGGUGGUCCGACCGGCAGCAAAGCUGAUCAAGCCCCCCAUCCAGGUGUAUGGAGUAGAGGGCCGUUAUGCCACUGCUCUAUUUUCUGCUGCCAGCAAGCAGAAGAGUCUGGACAAGGUGGAGCAGGAGCUGGGCCGUGUGGCUAGUCUUAUUAAGGACCCUAAAUUGUCAAGCAUUGUGAUGAACCCUCAUGUCAAGCGAAGCAUCAAACAGAAGACCUUCAAUGAUGCUUUGAGCAAGGCCAAGCUCUCCCCAAUCACAGUAAACCUCAUCAAUGUGCUGGCUGAAAAUGGCAGGCUAACUUUGACCCCUGAUGUCAUUACUGCUUUUGGAAAAAUGAUGAGCGCCCACAGGGGAGAGGUCACCUGCACAGUCACCACUGCUCAGGCCCUAGAUGAGGCAAACCUUGCAGAUCUGAAGGUGGCACUAAAUGGGUUUUUGGCAAAAGGAGAAACAAUUAAGCUGGAGGCCAAGACUGAUCCUUCCAUCCUCGGUGGUAUGAUCGUCAGUAUCGGUGAUAAGUAUGUGGACAUGUCCACCAAAUCAAAGAUCCAGAAGCUCACCAAGCUAAUCAGGGAGACUUAAGUCCUGUGGACUGACCAGACCCAAUCGUUUAAAAGGGUAGAUGGAGAUACUACUGCCCUACUUCCUAUUGUAGUAUUCUGUCCUCUUGUGUUGAUGAUAAUAAAUAUUCUGUCACGUUAAAA